GAGAAGGAGCGAUUGAAGGCAGGAACGCGCGCCGCUCCGUGUGUUGAAUUGUUUAUAAACCGGCUACAGCACGACGGGGUGGUGGUGGUGGAUGAUCGAGGGGGCCCGAGGGGUGAGAAGAGUACGAUGAACGACGCCAAGAAGGAUGGGAAUAUGGCUGCAGACGGAAUCCGGGGACCGGGUGAGCUGCAAAUGGCCCCCUCUGUGAACCACAGCCAGCAUGACAGCGGCACCGGCGACGAGCUGGUGAACUCCGUCACGCUGUACAGGCGACGACCCCGGCUGCUGCACGGCACCGUCCUCCCGUUCUUGGCGCUUCUCUACCCGGGCUGGCUGUACGUGUGGUUAGGGGUGUACGGCGCCUCUGAGUAUCCGGAGGCAGGCCUCCUGGCAUUAGCCGCUAUCGGGAUCGCGCACGUCCUCACAGCACUUUCUGGCUAUUGGUCCGUGCACGCGCACUGUUGGCUCACCUGUUCCAAGGAACCCGACCCAAAAAAAGCUACGCUGGCAAAGGUCAUACCUACCCCCAACAACGGCUCUGCUGAGCUUGUGGCACUACAAAGGGACCAGGAUGACACUGGAGGCGAGAUAUUGUCCUUUGAGUUUCAAAAGAUUCGCUACAUCUUUGAUGACAAAGAGAAGAAAUGUUUCCUUCCGGUCGCGUUCCCCAUCAACAAUCCAAUGGGCUACUUUCAGUCCUGGCGUGGCUAUCAGGAGGAGACUGAGCUCCGAGCUGCAGAAAAACGCUACGGCACCAAUCGUGCCGAGAUGGUGGUGCCAGAUUUCCUGGAGCUCUUCAAAGAGAGGGCUACAGCUCCUUUUUUUGUUUUCCAGGUGUUCUGUGUUGGGCUUUGGUGUCUGGAUGAGUACUGGUACUACAGUGUUUUCACGCUCUUCAUGCUGGUGGCUUUUGAAGCCUCUUUGGUUCAGCAGCAAAUGAGGAAUAUGUCUGAGAUCCGUCGCAUGGGGAACAAGCCGUACAUGAUUCAGGUGUAUCGCAACAGAAAGUGGAGACCUAUUUCGAGCGAUGAGCUUGUCCCUGGAGAUAUUGUCUCAAUAGGACGUUCACCCCAGGACAACUUGGUACCAUGUGAUGUGCUGCUGCUGAGGGGACGGUGCAUUGUGGAUGAGGCCAUGUUGACUGGAGAGUCUGUUCCCCAAAUGAAGGAGCCAGUGGAGGACCUGGACCCAGAGCGAAUCCUGGACCUUCAGGCAGAUUCCCGUCUCCACGUCAUCUCAGGCGGAACAAAAGUGGUUCAGCAUAGCCCGCCUUUAAAGGCCACCACUGGGCUCAAGCCUGUAGACAAUGGCUGUGUGGCUUAUGUACUGAGAACAGGAUUCUACACCUCUCAGGGUAAACUGUUGAGGACCAUUCUUUUUGGUGUGAAGAGAGUGACGGCAAACAACCUGGAGACUUUCAUCUUCAUCCUCUUCCUCCUUGUGUUUGCCAUCGCUGCAGCUUUGUAUGUGUGGGUAGAAGGGACCAAGGACAUCAGCAGGAACCGCUACAAGCUGUUUCUGGAGUGCACACUUAUUCUCACCUCCGUGGUUCCACCUGAACUCCCCAUAGAGCUGUCUCUAGCGGUGAACACAUCUCUUAUCGCACUGGCUAAACUAUACGUAUUCUGCACGGAGCCCUUCAGGAUACCGUUUGCGGGGAAAGUGGAGGUUUGCUGCUUUGACAAAACGGGAACAUUGACCAGUGACAGUCUGGUGGUACGAGGAGUAGCAGGACUCAGGGAGGGGAAGGAGGUGAUGCCUGUAUCUGAAAUACCAGUGCAGACGCAUCGAGUGGUGGCCACCUGUCACUCUCUGGUCACUCUGGAUGAUGGACAGCUAGUUGGAGAUCCACUGGAAAAAGCAAUGCUGACUGCUGCUGACUGGACACUCACUAAAGAUGAAAAGGUGUUUGCACGUGGCAUUAAAACCCAGGGGCUAAAGAUCCACCAGCGUUUCCACUUCGCCAGCGCUCUGAAGAGGAUGUCAGUCCUGGCCUCAUAUGAGAAAAUGGGUUCCACUGAGCUCUGCUACAUCUCGACCGUUAAAGGAGCGCCAGAGACACUCAGAGGGAUGUUUUCAGAAUGCCCUGCAAGUUAUGAUAAAGUUCACAAGGAAAUGUCACGUGAAGGGGCUCGAGUUCUGGCCUUGGGCUACAAGGAGUUGGGACACCUCAGUCACCAGCAGGUCCGAGAGAUGAGUCGGGAUGCGCUGGAGUGUGACCUGCAUUUUGCUGGGUUCAUGGUCGUGUCCUGUCCCCUCAAGAGUGACAGCAAGGCCGUUAUCCGAGAAAUCCAAGAAGCAUCUCAUCAUGUGGUGAUGAUUACAGGCGAUAACCCCUUGACGGCGUGCCAUGUAGCCAGGGAGCUCCAUUUCAUCAAGAAAGAACACACACUUGUGUUACAGCCGUGUGCUGAACAAGGUCAAUGGCAGUGGGAAUCUAUCGAUGGCAGUGUGUGCAUACCGCUGCCCCCACCUUCCGUUUCUUCAUUCGUGCGGCAGUUUGACUUGUGUGUAACAGGAGAAGGACUGGCAAGGCUAAGCUGCGACCCUCGCCUACUUCACACCCUGUUGCCUCAUAUACAAGUGUUUGCCCGUGUCAGUCCAAAACAGAAGGAGUUUGUCAUCACCAGUCUAAAGGGGAUGGGGUAUGUGACGCUGAUGUGCGGCGAUGGCACUAAUGACGUGGGAGCUCUCAAACAUGCACACAUAGGUGUUGCUCUGCUAGCCAACGCUCCGGAGCGCAUGCCUGAAAAAAAGAAACGGGGCAGAGAAAAAGAGGCAUCCACUUCAGAAUCGAGACCUUUACCCCCCGUCAGUUCAGGAGCCAAGCUCAGCUCCAGGGCAGCUCGACAGCGGAUGAUGGCUCAGAGAGAAGAGCAGCUCGCUGCACAAAAGGAGAGGAUCAAUCAAGUCUUACGGGAACUUGAAGAGGAUCAAGUCCAAGUCGUUAAACUGGGCGAUGCCUCCAUUGCCGCCCCCUUCACCUCAAAACUAUCAUCCAUACAAUGCAUCUGCCAUGUGAUAAAGCAAGGCCGUUGCACUCUGGUUACAACACUCCAGAUGUUCAAGAUCCUGGCUCUCAACGCCCUUGUGCUGGCCUACAGUCAGUCUGUACUCUACCUCGAGGGAGUCAAGUUCAGUGACUUCCAAGCAACCUUGCAGGGUCUGCUCUUAGCCGGAUGCUUUCUCUUCAUCUCCCGAUCAAAGCCACUGAAAACACUGUCUCGAGAACGGCCGUUACCAAACAUUUUCAACCUUUAUACAGUGUUGACUGUGUUGCUGCAGUUUGCUGUCCACUUUUGCAGCCUUGUGUAUCUUUACAAAGAAGCACAGAGCAGAAGUCCACCCAGGGCGGAGCAGUUUGUAGACCUGUAUAAAGAGUUUGAACCCAGUCUCAUCAACAGCACCGUGUACAUAAUGUCAAUGGCCAUGCAGAUGGCCACCUUUGCCAUUAAUUACAAGGGUCACCCUUUUAUGGAGUCUCUUAGCGAAAAUCGACCACUAUUGUGGAGUAUCGCCUUGUCAGGUCUCGCAAUUGUGGGACUUCUUACUGGCUCCUCUCCAGAAUUCAAUGAGCAAUUUGCUCUUGUAGAUAUUCCAACUGAGUUCAAAUUAAUUAUUGCCCAGGUUCUUGUGGUGGACUUUGUCGCCGCUCUGCUGGUGGAUCGUGUCCUGCAGUUCCUGUUGGGCAAAGGAACUCUCAGGCUGCCUUCUUGAACUCAGUGCCAACAGCUACCGCUGCCCUUACCAACCAAACUGAAAAGGAAGAGAAGGCUUUUGGAGGAGGACGAGAAUUCAAGCUGGUGUGACUUACACAAGACAGCUGAGAGAGUCAUGGCGUGGAGUACUGUACUCUAUUUCCCUUCCUUUGCCCAGCUCUGCCCUUCCCAAACUACUCCGGUUUCUAUAUUUUCAUCAACUGUUUCUAUUUUUUUCAUAACUCUGCAUUGUUUUCUACUUUUCUUUGUCUUCCCUCUUUCUGUUCCUCCCCACUGAGAGAAAAAGGCCAUGAAGACAGCAGUAUUGAGUGGACUGUGAGACUGUGCCUGCCCGAGUGAAACAUACAGGCACAAUUAUUGGGCAUUCUCCAAGAGAAUUGCGAAAGUGUUUUGGAUUUUUUUAUUCCCUUUCUUGAUUUUGUAAAAAGUGAAAAACAUCUUUAACAGACGUAUAAAGACUAAAAUGUACAAACGAAGUCUGUCAAGUGUUUUGUCAAGUUCAGACGGAAACGCUGAGCACAUACAACUAAUCAUGAAUCACUGUUUCCACAAAUCGAAAUUAAUGAGUCUCAGACCGUCAAAUGUAAUUGUACAACAGUGUUUAUCUCAUAUGAGGCAUGAAGUUUGGCAGUUGUCCCUAAGUUGAUCAAAAACUACUAAAGGUCUGUGACGAUUAUAUUUGUUUGUCAACUGUUACCAACUACUAAUUUCCCACAGAUGACUGUCAGCUAUUUGGGGGGGGAGCUUAUCCAUUGGGAGCACUUUGGUGUUUACUCUCCUGCUUAAUGACACGUCGACAUAUGAAGAAUCAAACCUGCAACCUUCCGACUGAGAGACAACCCACCCUGCCAACUGAGCCAUAGCCACCUAUCUAUUGGUCUGUUGAGGCAGAACCUGUACUGCAUUGUAAUUAGAGUGCUAUAACAAGAGAAUUGUUUAAACCAUGCAAUCCAUUCAACUAUUCGAUAAUCUCUAAUACCAUCUUUAUCUUAGUUAGGGUCACAUGGCGCUGAUCUUAGCUGGCAUCAUGCAACAGGCACGGAACACCAUUGAUGGCCUGCUUGUCUACUGCAGGAUUUAUUUCUGUUACCGACUUGUUGAAUUUGAAAAUAGCUGAUUUAUAAGUUUCUCCACUGUCAAGGUUUAACAGAUAUACGUAUAUAAACCUGACAUUUCCCAAUGCCCAUUUAAUAGUAAAAACAUGGGGACGGUUGAUAUGGAAUAUAUUUUACCUUGUUAUCUUUUUACUUAUGGUCAAACUCGCUGAAAGGGUGAUAUUUAACAAAAACACAUUUGAUAUUCUUAAAAAGUUUUCAAGUUUUUCAUAUGAAAUUCAAAUAUUUUCAAGCACUCCAUUGCAACUAUCAUGUAAUUACAUUACAGAAAUUAAUUAGAUGUUACAUUUUUGAAGAACUUCAUUUAAGUGUGCUGCUGGCAUCACAAUGCAAAAAAGGAAUAUGUGUGUAAUGUUCGAA